GGUCCCUUGCGCCCUGCGCCGGCAACUCCCAUCCGCGAGGCUCCAGGCCGGGUUUCUCCUCCGCCUCAGCACCGUCGGGGGUGGCUUGUUGUGGGUUUGAAUGCGAGAGCGCAGGUUGUGGCGGCAGCCGGCGGAGCGGAGCUGGUGUGGGCGCGAGAGUUUCCUCCUUUGCCCUGCGGGAAGGAAGGAAGGGCCCCGGCGGUGCCGCUUGGGAAGACGGGGAGGAGACACCUGGAACGGGAGGAUAAUUGCCUUUGAUGGUGGGAAGAAAGGCCUCUAACAAUGAGUUACUGGAACUUGGAUAAGAGAAGGUGUAUGCAGUACUGCAGGCAUUUUUUGGUGGACAACAGUGUUUUUCAUGUUGAAAGAUGCAUGAGUGUUAUGCAGUCUGGGACUCAGAUGGUUAAACUGAAGAAUGCAGCCAAAGGUCUAGUGCGUCUUUUCUACCUGGAUGAGCACAGAACCUGCAUCCGAUGGAGACCAUCCAGGAAAAGUGAAAAGGCCAAAAUUGUAAUUGAUUCUAUCUACAAAGUCACUGAAGGCCGGCAAUCGGAAAUCUUCCAUCGCCAUGGUGAAGGCAACUUUGACCCAAGCUGCUGCUUUACUAUAUACCAUGGUAACCACAUGGAGUCCCUGGAUCUGAUAACUUCUAACCCGGAGGAAGCUCGCACUUGGAUCACUGGACUAAAGUACCUGAUGGCUGGGAUCAGCGAUGAGGACUCCCUUGCAAAAAGGCAGAGAACACACGACCAUUGGGUGAAGCAGACCUUUGAGGAGGCAGACAAGAAUGGCGACGGCUUGCUGAAUAUUGAAGAGAUCCACCAGCUGAUGCACAAACUGAACGUCAACCUGCCCCGCAGGAAAGUAAGACAGAUGUUUCAGGAAGCUGACACGGAUGAGAAUCAGGGAACCUUAACUUUUGAAGAGUUUUCUGUGUUUUACAAGAUGAUGUCAUUAAGGCGAGACCUCUACUUGCUGCUUUUGAGCUAUAGUGACAAGAAAGAUCACCUCACUGUUGAUGAACUUGCUCAGUUUCUGAAGGUAGAACAAAAGAUGAGUAAUGUGACGACAGAGUAUUGUCUGGACAUCAUAACGAAAUUUGAAGUUUCUGAAGAAAACAAGAACCGAAAUGUUUUGGGCAUAGAAGGCUUUACCAACUUCAUGCGCAGCCCCACCUGUGAUGUGUUCAACCCACUGCACAGCGAGGUACAUCAGGAUAUGGAUCAGCCCCUUUGCAACUAUUACAUUGCUUCUUCUCAUAAUACAUACCUAACUGGAGACCAGCUUCUCUCUCAAUCUAAAGUUGAGAUGUAUGCGCGAGUCCUGCAAGAUGGAUGCCGAUGUCUUGAAGUGGACUGCUGGGAUGGUCCAGAUGGGGAGCCCGUUGUGCAUCAUGGAUAUACUCUUACUUCUAAAAUACUCUUUAAAGAUGUAGUUGAAGUGAUCAACAAAAAUGGCUUUGUAAACAAUGAAUUUCCAAUUAUACUCUCUAUUGAAAAUCACUGCAGUGUUCAGCAGCAAAAGAAAAUUGCUCAGUACCUCAAGGAGAUUUUCGGUGACAAGCUGGACUUGAGUUCUGUAAGCCUGGAGGAUUCCAAGCAGCUUCCCAGUCCUCAGAGUUUGAAAGGCAAAAUCCUAGUCAAGGGCAAAAAGCUCCCCUAUAGCCUUGGGGCAGAUGCUGAAGAAGGGGAAGUUUCUGAUGAAGAUAGUGCUGAUGAAAUUGAAGAUGAUUGCAAGUUAAAGCUGUCUUAUAGCAAUGGCACAACUGAACACCAGAUGGAAUCUUUUAUAAGAAAGAAGCUUGAAUCUUUGUUAAAAGAGUCUCAGAUCAGAGACAAAGAAGACCCAGAUUGCUUCACUGUGAGAGCACUUUUAAAAGCAACACACGAAGGCUUAAAUGUAAACUUUACACAGAACUCAGACCUGAAAGAUAACAGCAAGAAAUCCCAUGGUAGACUGAUGAGCAACUUUGGUAAACAUAAGAAGGCAGUUAAACCACGAUCAAAAUUGCAGAGCACAUCUGAUGAUGAGGAUUCUCAGCAAAACUGUUCUACAAAGGAAACUGGACAGUUAUGCAGGUUGGGACGGCGGAGAAAAACGAUGAAGCUGUGCCGCGAACUUUCUGAUUUAGUGGUAUACACAAAUUCUGUGGCAGCUCAAGACAUUAUUGAUGAUGGAUCUAUGGGGAACGUGUUAUCCUUCAGUGAAACAAGAGCACACCAGGUGGUGCAGCAGAAGGCAGAACAAUUUAUGAAUUAUAAUCAGAAACAGCUCACAAGAAUCUAUCCAUCUGCAUACCGGAUUGACUCCAGCAACUUCAACCCUUUACCAUACUGGAAUGUUGGCUGCCAGCUGGUGGCAUUAAACUACCAGACGGAUGGACGUGUGAUGCAGUUAAAUCAAGCUAAGUUCAGGAUGAAUGGUAACUGUGGAUACGUCCUAAAACCUCAGCAAAUGUGCAAAGGCACGUUCAAUCCCUAUUCUGCAGAUCCACUUCCUGCUCUCCCUAAGAAGCAACUUAUUCUCAAAAUCAUCAGUGGGCAGCAGCUACCUAAACCUCCAGAUUCCAUGUUAGGAGACAGAGGCGAGAUAAUCGAUCCAUUUGUUGAGGUGGCAAUUAUUGGAUUACCAGCUGACUGUUGCAAAGACCAGACCAGAGUGGUAGAUGAUAAUGGGUUCAAUCCUGUUUGGGAAGAAACUCUCAGCUUCACUAUCCAUAUGCCUGAAAUAGCACUGGUUCGCUUUCUUGUUUGGGAUCAUGAUCCUAUUGGCCGAGACUUUGUUGGGCAAAGAACAGUGGCCUUCAGCAGCCUUAUGCCAGGCUACCGUCAUGUUUAUUUGGAAGGAUUGACUGAAGCCUCUAUAUUUGUUCAUAUAACAAUAAAUGAAAUUUAUGGAAAGUGGAGUCCCUUAGUCCUCAACCCCAGUUAUACUAUAAUGCACUUUCUAGGAGCCACCAAGAAUAAGCAAUUGAUAGGACUCCGAGGGCUUUUUAACAAGAACCCCAAACACAGUACUGUGGAAAACGGUGGUCAAUACAUUCGGAAAAGGUCAAUUGGGGAGCGAAUUCUCCGGCGCACAGCCAGUGCUCCAGCAAAGGGCAGAAAGAAGAGUAAAAUGGGCUUUCAGGAAGCCACGGAGCUUAAAGAAAGCCUUUCUGAAGCAACAGACCUGAAAGACAAGGAGGGCGUUCUGAGAAGGACAAGCAGGAGCCUGCAAGCACGUCCCAUCUCCAUGCCAGUUGACAAAUAUCUUCUGGGCAGCCUGCCAUCAUCAGAGCAAGAUGCUACCGCAGAUGCUGAUGUGAAAACUAAAAAUGCCUCUGCAGAAAGUAAGGACGAUACAAGUGAGGACGAAGUGAAUUUGAAAGAGCUCAUAUCCUCUUCUCAGAGACAUCCAUCUUCUCCAACAUUUGUGUCCCCAUUGAAACAAGAUGUUCACUUGACUGUUCCUGAAUAUGCAAAACCAGAAAACUUAGACUUUGCAGUUGGGAUAGCUGAAACAUAUUUUUCCACUGAGUAUUGGAAAAGUAAUCUUUCCAGUCAGUCCAUGCAUCUAAAGGAGGAACGUGAAAGAGAAAAUAAUGAACAUGUGUCUUGUAUGGAUCCAAAGAUCUUAGGAGAUGAUACCACACUGCUUGAAGAAGAGAGAAAAGUAGUAACAGCCAGUUCACUUCCUCAAAGAGAUCAAGAGUCUGGAAUCAAAUCACCUAUUUCUGUACAAAGCACUGUAACUAGUAUAUCAUUAGCUGACAUUUCUUCUGCCUGUUUGGUCCGUGACUUUUACUCCACACCAGCCAUACAAGAUAGUGACAUUUCAAACCUUAUCAAUGAGGUCUCUUUAACGAAUGCAAGCGAUAUGGGAAGUUCUGUCUCUGCACUAAUAGAAGAAGUUGACGUCUCAAGAGACCAAAGCAAUUUGACUGUUGUUUCAAACCCUCCUGGAAUUAGCAAACAAAUAAUUAAUAUGAAAUCUGUACCUCUACCAUGUGUGUUGCCAUCUAGUCAGAAUAAAAUGUUUGACUGUGAAUCUUCCCGCAGAACAACAAAUGAAUUGGCAAUAUGUUCAACACCAUAAAUUAC